GGGCUAUCAAUCGCCUAUUUUUACCCGCGCGCGUUUAUGCGCUGUAAAAUCCCCAGACUCUCGGUGGUCCCGAAAAGUCAAACUUGAGCUCUCCAUCAAUGUCGGCUGUUUCCGCUUCCCCCCCUGAACUCUAAAUGACUCGGCACCCAACCCGCAUGUGGUGUCAAGACGGCCCUUCCCCUGGACAGCCGGUGCUGCCGCCAAAGUUUGGUCAGGGUCCAACGGCCAGGGCGCCAAAGUUUGGGCUGGCUCCAGCGGCCAGGCGACGUGGCGUAGUGUAUCGUCCAACCUGGACGCCCGACUCGCCGGGGAUCUUGGUGGGCGGUAUAUAGCCUGCGUGCGCCGAGCUCUGGAUUACUCUCGUUCUCUUGGAGCACCACCCAACGCUUCGGCCUUGUCGCUCUCUUGUCUCCUUUUUUCAUUCUUGUAGCAGUUCGCUAGCCUUUAGACCUCCGUCAUUCACUCCCUUGUCUUCACCAGCCCUUUCUGAUUCGGUCUCCUUCGUUUCAAGAUCGUCAAGAUGCACUUCCUCACCGCCGCCGUUCUCUUUGCCGCCUCCCUGGUCGCCGCCACCCCGGUCGACAUGGGCCCGUACAAGGCCGGCGCAAAGGUCGAUCCGGCCUUUGCCAAAUUUGUCGAGGAAUACUACCGCGUCUCCGAGGACAAGCUGUCCACCACGGCGCUCACCGACCUCUUCUCCGCCGACGGCCAGCUCAUCGCCGCCGGCAACCCGUUCCGGGGCGCAAAGGGCAUCCUCGGCAUCCGCCAGGCGCUCCUGCCGCCCAACGGCAACAAGGCCUGGUGGCACCUCAUCGAGAGCGCCACCUUUGUCGGCGAGGACGCGAAGACCCAGACCGUCAGCGCAAAGAUUGUUGUCCAGACCACCUUCACCCCGGGCAACUGCUCUCAGGCGCAUGGAAACGCGGCCUUCACGGUGGCCAAGGACGCCAAGGGCGUGCCCAACUGGGUGCCGCAUACGGGCGGCCUGCUCGUCUACAACCUGACCGUCAACACCAUCCAGACGCCCACGAACGAGCCGUGUACCGCCUCAAAGGGCCGCCGGAGCCUGUAGAUGCGGCUUAGCCCCGAGCCUUGUACGAGUGAAGUUUGUAAAAAAAAGAGAAGAAAAGAACAGCAAUCGAUGACGUCGGGAUGGAAGAAUAGAAAGAGGAUAGAUAGAUGGGACUUGGUAGACACUCAUUCAGCGCAGCAUAUUCACGAUUAUUCUACAACUUAGCUUGUACCUCAAAGCCGGUGCUGGCAGGAGGAGACUAGAACCGAUGCUCAUGAGUGACACAAAAGCUAUCAAGGCUCGGGCAAAGAGUGCAUGCCAUCAACCUUGAAGUUUGGUAGGGCUACUUCAACAAGGGGAGUGCUAUAUUG